CCGAACGGCCGACUGCGGUAGAGAUGACGACUUCUGGCGAGACGACCGCGGCGGCGGCCACAGAAGCUGCAGGCGUGCGAGCCGUGGCCUUAGCGCUGCUCGUCACAGUGGCGUUCAGCUGUGCGUUUUUCUACAUGAUGCGUUGGGCAGCGUCCACGUCGUCUUACGAACGCCGACGCAGGUCAUCGCGUCACCAGCGCGGGAAUACGGGUGACGGUUACGUGGCGACGGCGAAGCACAAGAAAUCCACGUCGGCCGUUCCCCAGCGAAAAAAGAACAGCAGCGGCAAACAUGCAGUUACCAGGCCGACGGCAUCUACCAACAUCACCGGCACUGUGAUCGGUAACAGUCCCGUGAACUCCGGCACUAGAAACGGUGACAAAAAGAAGAGGAGGGCAGCGGCGGAUGACGGUGAUUCGGUCGGUGCCGUGCGCAAAACGAACAUCGCCGCCCCGGUCGCCGGAAGCGACACGGCGACUGACUCUUUUAUCAGCAGCAGCGAACGGAACCGCCGGGCUCGCCGACAAAGGCAACAGGAACAGUCCCGCAGCGGUGGCGAUAGUUCGACCAACAGCGGUGAUUGUAACUCCGGAACAAUAACGUCGACGACCACUACGGAUAACGAAGGCCAUCGUCGCCGCUCGUCGUCCUGGUCUUCGCACAGCCACGUUGAAGAGGAUCACCUCGUAGCGGACGAUCCGAUUGCGGCGAACAACGACCUGUCGUUGUUCGCGGACGAUGACCAAGACCAAGGCGAAUGGAUCACUAUGACUAAUGGUGCACCUGUUACUACAUCGGUGUUUGCUAAUAGUGGUGUUGGUGAAUCAAACAGACGAAAACAGUACCAACGGCGAGAGGAAAAUAUUUCAACAGCUAAUCUAUCUAAAUUUGAACGUCGUCGGCCCCAGAGUGAUAAAGAACAACAGCAAUCGGAGAAACAACAUCAACGACAACAAGAGAAGCAACGGCGUGACAAGCAACAACGACGACGUGAUAAUCCGUUACAACAGCAGCAACAAAUAACCGAAUCGGCUAUCGUUACUACAUCCGCGACACCAGCGACGUCAGCAAAAGUGGCCACUGAUAAGCCACUCCAGCAGAAUCGUCAAGAUAUCAAAAAGUCAAUAGCUUGUGAGUCAAAUUCUGCCGUUGUAAUGACGGAAAAACGAUUACGAAAUGAAUAUGAUAUAUCAUUAAAAACAUUACGAGCCGAGCACGAUAAAGAUUUAAUGGCGUUGAAAGCUGAACACGAAACAAUGGCUAAACGACUACGUACAGAAAACGAAGGCUUGCGGUCCAAACAUAAUGCAGUGGUAGAGCGUUUACGUGUAGCUGAACGCGAAGCUGCGACAACAAAACGAUUACGGGCUGAGCAUGAAAUGGUAACGAAAGCCUUACACGAAGAAAAAGACGUGCAGCUGGCAGCAUUGCAAACUAAACACAACACUGCGAUAAAUGCAUUGCGUACGGAGAUUGAUCAUCUGCGAAAAACCGUUGUUCAAGAUACGUCGGUGCCCCAAAAUACCGUAGAUAAGGUGACGUGUGUGGAAUAUGAAACCAUAAUCCGUGGUUUGCGAGAAAAAAACGAAAAUAUGCAAACAGAGCAUGAUGUCACUAUCCAAAAACUACGCACUGAACAUGAAACGACAGUCCGAAACCUGCGUGAAGAAAAUGAAAAGACGCGCUUGAAUCAUAAAAGCACGAUAAAAGGACUUCGCGCUGAACACGAAACCGCUAUGAAAGGACUUCGAUCCGAGUACGAAACCGUUAUAAAAAAUCUUCAGGCUGAGCAUGAAACUGCUAUAAAAAAACUUCAGACCGAGCAUGAGACCACAAUGAGAAAAUGCCAAGCUGAUCAAGAGACGGCGAUCAAAAAACUUCGGACUGAGCACGAUAAUGUGAUCAAAGAAAUUCAGGCUAAACAUGAGACCGCGAUAAAAAGUGUACGUGCUGAACUUGAAAAUCUACAGCACACCGCUGUCCAAAGCCUGCAAGAAAAUUACGAAGCUAGAAUCGAGACUUUACUUGCUGAGCAUAAGGUUUCAAUCCAGAGAAUGUGUGAAGAAAAUCAGAAUCUGAGUAAAAAAUAUGAAACCCAAAUUACUAAUAUACGUGAAGAAAAGGCUAAUCUACUUAUGGAGAAUGAAGCCACGAUCAAAACGUUACGGACUCAGCACGAGGCCGCAAUCAAGACUUUGCAGACUCAACACGAGGUCGCGAUUAAGGCAUUACAAGAUGAAUGCGAAACUGCAGUGGGAAAAGCACGUGAUCUUAAUGAUAAAGAAUCGGUCUUAAUAAAACGUUUACAGGAGCAACACCAGACCGAGAUCGAGCAACUUAAACAACAACUAGUCGAGCAACAGCAACAGUUUAGCACUAGCACAGUUUCGGAGAAUCGGCAGACGGGGAAAAACGGUCACAAAGAAAAUGAAUCCGAUGCCACCGAAAAGUUGCGUCUGGAAACGCAAAUUCAAAGACUGCACCGAACCGUAGCACAUUACAAGCAGAUUAUUAAUGAUACGGAACAAAUGUUGAGUCGAUUACAUGGGCAUGUAGAACGCGAAGAGUCACGAUGGUCACAGCAUGCGUCUGACUUACAGCGACAACUAGACGAGGCGCAUCGUCAACUGAAUGAUCGAAUAAUCCGGCAAAGUAAUCGUCGUAAUAAUAACAGGCAAAAGAAUCACGAUGACAGUGAAGAUGAAGACUAUAAGGAGGAUAGUAAAGUUUUGACGGAGACAGUAGUGAAAUGAAAAUAUUACACCAGCUGCCGUGUUGGUUAAUUAUUAAGAUAAUUUUCGCGAAAUUCGUUCAAAAUUUAAACCUCGGACAGGGAAGUUUAUAUGUUAUAAUGAUAAAAUAAAAAGACAAUAAACCGCGCAUGUGUGCGCAUAAUAUCAUAUUUUUUUUUAAAUAUAAAUUAUGAUAAUAAUAAUAUUAUUUUUAAUUUUAUUUAUUACUAUACUAUGCAUAAUAUGUGCGUCGUGAUAAACUAUUAUGGUGUAUUGUACAUAACUUUUUAUUUUUUAAAAUUAUCAGUAUUACCACCUCGCGUGUAACCAUAUAAAUUGUAUCAUCAUUGUUCAUGGUGGCAGUCGUUAUUGUCUGUAUUUCGUGUAUGUACUUGUUUUUUAAAUUUUUUUUAUAAAUUUGUAUCAUUAUAUAAUUUUAAGUUACAUGAGCACAAGUAUGUUUCAUGUAUUAUGGUUUAUGACCCACUUGCGUUUUGUUAUAAAAUCAUAUAUUA